AUGUCAUCCUUCAGUAUUCUAAUGGCUGAGGAGCUUCAGUGUUCGAUCUGUCUGGAUGUGUUCAGUGAUCCAGUCAGCACUCCAUGUGGACACAACUUCUGCGAGAUCUGCUUGGAUACAUACUGGGACAACAGUCAAGACAUCAGCUGUCCAAACUGUAAAGAAACAUUCGAGAAGAGACCUGAACUCAAGAUUAAUACAACACUCAGAGAUCUUGUGGAUGAACAUAAGAAGAAAACUGAAGAGAAACCUGAAGUCCUCUGUGACAUCUGUGAGGAAGUAAAGCUGAAGGCUGUGAAGUCCUGUCUGGUGUGUCAGAGCUCUUACUGUGAAACUCAUCUGGUUCCUCAUAUGAGAGUGACAGGUUUACAGAAACACAAACUGAUUGAUCCUGUGAAUAAUCUGCAGGAUUAUAUUUGUCAGAAACAUGAGAGACCUCUGGAGCUUUUCUGUAGAGAUGAUCAGACAUGUGUGUGUCUCAUCUGUACUGUCAAAGAUCACAAGAAUCACAACACUGUGACUUUAGAAGAGGAGAGUGAAGAGAAGAAGAUUGAGCUGUCGAAGACACAGACAGAUGUGCAGCAGAAGAUCCAGGACAGAAUCAAGAAGAUUCAAGAUAUCAAACAUUCAGCAGAACUCAGAAGACUGAAGAAGUUUAAUGUUUAAUAUUUCAUCAUUUUUUGAUUUGAUUUGUAAUGAUAUCAGUUUGAGCUGCUGGAGAUGGAGGAGACGCAGAAAGCAGCAGAGAAACAGGAUGAAGAUCACAUUAAAGAUCUGGAGCAGGAGAUCACUGAGCUGAAGAGAAGAAACACUGAGCUGGAGAAAAUCACAAACACUGAAGAUCAUCUACACAUCAUACAGGUCAGUAGAUCUCUCUCUUAUUACUCUUACUAUAUUAUUUUUGUUAAGGAGAAACAUCUGAAAGGCUGGAGACAUCAACAAAAAUGUCCAUCCCCUCACAAUUUAAAACAUUUAAGACUCCAUUACUCACCGCUGGUUGGGAGAAUCAGAUCUCAUUUAUGGUUUCUUGUUGUUCCUGUGGGAAUCUCCCUGCUGAUGAUCUACCUCACUUCUUCCACUGAUGUUCAGACUCCCAACAUUGAGAAACUGAGUGAAGUUGUGUUGAAGAAGAUGCAGCAGUAUGCAGUGGAUGUGACUCUGGAUCCUGAUACAGCUCAUCCAUAUCUCAUCCUGUCUGUUGAUAACAAACAAGUGAGAUAUGGUGGAUUUAUCUUAUGGAGUCCCCCAGACAACCCAGAGAGAUUUGAUAGAUGUAUUAAUGUCCUGGGAAUGCAGGGAUUCUCAUCAGGUAGAUUUUAUUAUGAGGUUCAGGUGAAGGGAAAGACAAAAUGGACUUUAGGUGUGGCCAGAGAAUCUGUUAACAGGAAGGGAGAGAUCACACUGACACCAGCGAAUGGAUUCUGGACUGUGACUCUGAGAAAGGAGAAUGAAUAUAGAGCUAAAGCUGGUCCAUCUGUCUCAUUGUCUCUGAAAGUGAGUCCACAGAAGGUGGGUGUGUUUGUGGAUUAUGAGGAGGGUUUGGUCUCCUUUUAUGAUGUGGAGUCCAGAUCUCAUAUCUACUCUUUCACUAAUCAAUCUUUCAAUGAGAAACUCUAUCCAUAUUUUAACCCAGGUUUAAAUGAUAAAGGCAAAAACUCAGCCCCACUGAUCAUCACAUCUGUCAAUAACAAUCAAGAAAUGUACUAA